CCGUCUAUUUUGGGUCCACCUUUGAUAAUCCUUAGCGCACCAUGCCGCUGCCAAGAGAUAAGAGGGGAUGCUUGCCGCCCCCACACGCAUCCCACGUCAACAACCACUUUUACAACCAUCUCAUACUAUGGCCAGCCAAUUUCAUUGUCAAUUGUCCACUUCAUCGCGCAAACAUGUCGUAUCCUGGCCCCUUUGGAGGCGCGGUGGCGCGCGGCGCGGAUGCGUAGACGCCUCGUAGUUGGCCCCCAGAGCGCUCCAGCUCCAGCUUCAACGCCAUCAGCUCCUUCCUCUUGGGCGAUAAGGAAUCAACUUUAGGCUUUAGUCCUCAGAUCUCACUGUUAUUCUCCGGGGAAGCCCUGGCCUUGCUUGGCACUCAAGAACGAUUUGCGGUCCAAAGUCUUGAGAACAGUCUUGGUUUUGCGUCAGUGUUGCUCACCGCGGAGGUGCUGUUCACAGACACUCGUUGCCUGCUGUAUAAAUCAUUCUCGCACGCGCCGUCCUGAUCCAUGGAACCCUGAUCGAGAGUUUGUCUCCAGCUCCGACGACUCAUCCCCAUACCCUUUCCCAAGUGAUCCCCUGUUCUUCCUGUUCACUCCUCCACCACCCCCACAAGAUUCAGACGCGGCUGCAGGCGCUGCAAUCCCGUCAGCAUGGGUUUCCAACUGAAGCAACUGUGGACUGCUCCUGAGCUCAACCCCUACAACAAGAAGGCAAAGUCGAUACCAAUCUUCAACCCCUUCGACAAAUAUGGGCGUGUUUUCUUCUUCUCUUACCUGGGAUUCUUCAUCGCCUUUUGGUCCUGGUACGCUUUUCCACCCCUGAUGGUCUCCAUUAGGAAAGACUUGCACCUCUCGCAGAAUGAAGUCGCAAACUCAAACAUCAUUUCUCUCACGGCCACUUUGGUUAUGCGCGCCGUAGCGGGGCCGCUCUGUGAUCGAUUUGGUCCCCGCCUUACCUUCGUGGGAUGUUUGCUGGCGGGAGCAAUCCCUUCUGCUUUAGCAGGCACAGCCCACAACGCUGGGAGCUUGUACGCCAUUCGCUUCUUUGUCGGCAUCUUGGGAGGUACAUUUGUACCCUGUCAGGUCUGGACGACCGGCUUCUUCGAUCGCAAUGUCGUGGGAACUGCCAACGCCUUGGUAGGCGGUUGGGGUAAUUCCGGAGGUGGCAUUACCUAUUUCGUGAUGCCUGCCAUCUACGAUUCGCUCAUUCAUCAGCGUGGCCUUACCUCGCACGUCGCAUGGCGAGUCUCAUUCAUCGUGCCCUUCAUCCUCAUCACCGUUGUCGCCAUCUCCAUGUUGCUUUUCGCAGAGGAUACCCCAACCGGCAAAUGGUCCGACCGUGGAAAGGCAGUGGCUCCUACAGCCCCUACAGACAAUACCAUCGUCGCCAUUCCACAAAAUUCCACCGAAAAACCCUCUGUCGCCGGAUCCAUCUCCUCCAACGAUGAAAAGAAAAAGGCGACCACUGCUGCCCCGCAAUCCGAUAUCGAGACCGGCCCCGGCGAUGUGCGCAUGAUGGACGAAGUCCAGCACGAAGUCAUUGUCAAGCCCUCUUUCAAGGAGGGCCUCAAAGUAGCCUGCUCUCUCCAAAGCAUCGCCCUUAUGUGUUCCUACGUCUGCUCCUUCGGAGGCGAGCUAGCCAUCAACUCCAUCCUCGGCUCCUACUACCUCAAGAACUUCCCCGUGCUAGGCCAAACCACAUCCGGACAGUGGGCCGCCAUGUUUGGCCUUCUUAACAUCAUCACACGCCCGGCAGGCGGGUUCUUCGCCGACCUCAUCUUCAAAUGGACGAACCGCAACCUGUGGGCCAAAAAACUCUGGAUUCAUUUCGUCGGCGUCAUGUCCGGCAUCUUCCUCAUCGUCAUCGGUCAACUCGACCCCAAAAACCUAUCUACUAUGAUGGGUCUUAUCGCGCUCAUGGCCAUCUUUCUCGAAGCCGGCAAUGGCGCUAACUUUGCUCUUGUACCGCACGUCCACCCCCAUGCCAACGGCAUUCUGUCUGGUCUUGUGGGCGCAUCGGGAAAUCUUGGAGGUGUGAUUUUCGCAAUCAUCUUUAGGUACAAUGGAACGCACUACGCCCGUGUCUUCUGGAUCAUUGGUGUCAUCAUCAUUGCGCUGAAUUUGAUUUUCAUCUGGGUUAGGCCUAUCCCCAAGGGGCAGAUUGGAGGGCGUUAA